CGUCCCGGCGCGCUCGCACUCGGACGCCCGGCGCCCCCACGCACACGCCCGGGCUCCGCGCGUCUCCGCCGGGACCCCCGAGGCCUGUCCCGCGGAGCCGGGCUCGCGGGCCGACCGAGGCGGCGCCGGCGGGAGGAGCAGGAUGUCCUUCCAGGGCAAGAAGAGCAUCCCCCGCAUCACGAGUGACCGCCUUCUGAUCAAAGGUGGGAAGGUGGUGAAUGAUGACCAAUCCUUUUACGCUGAUCUGUAUGUGGAAGAUGGUUUGAUAAAACAAAUAGGAGAAAACCUUGUCGUCCCUGGGGGCAUCAAAACCAUUGAUGCCCACGGCCUGAUGGUCCUGCCAGGUGGAGUUGAUGUGCACACGAGGCUGCAGAUGCCCGUCCUGGGCAUGACCCCAGCUGAUGACUUCUGCCAGGGGACCAAGGCAGCCCUAGCGGGAGGGACCACCAUGAUAUUGGACCACGUGUUCCCCGACAUGGGCGAGAGCCUGCUGGCGGCCUAUGAGCGGUGGCGGGAGCGCGCGGACAGCGGGGCCUGCUGUGACUACACCCUGCACGUGGACAUCUCCCGCUGGCACGAGGGCACCCGGGAGGAGCUGGAGGCCCUGGUCAAGGACAAGGGUGUGAACUCUUUCCUGGUCUUCAUGGCGUACAAGGACCGGUGUCAGUGCACCGACAGCCAGAUGUACGAGAUCUUCAGCACCAUCCGGGACCUGGGAGCCGUGGCCCAAGUGCACGCAGAGAAUGGGGACAUCGUGGAGGAGGAGCAGAGGCGGUUGCUGGAGUUCGGCAUCACCGGCCCGGAGGGCCAUGUGCUCAGCCACCCCGAGGAGGUGGAGGCCGAGGCUGUGUAUCGAGCUGUGACUGUUGCCAAGCAAGCCAACUGUCCCCUGUAUGUCACCAAGGUGAUGAGCAAGGGUGCAGCCGAUGUGGUCGCCCAAGCCAAGCGCAGAGGGGUGGUCGUGUUUGGGGAGCCCAUCACUGCCAGCCUGGGCACAGAUGGCUCCCACUACUGGGACAAGAACUGGGCCAAGGCUGCGGCCUUCGUCACAUCACCCCCCGUCAGCCCGGACCCCACCACUGCCGACCACCUCACCUCCCUGCUGUCCAGCGGGGACCUCCAGGUGACUGGCAGUGCCCACUGCACCUUCACCACUGCCCAGAAGGCUGUCGGCAAGGACAACUUCACCCUCAUCCCCGAGGGCACCAACGGCGUCGAGGAGCGCAUGUCUGUGGUCUGGGAGAAGUGCGUGGCCUCAGGGAAAAUGGAUGAGAAUCAGUUUGUGGCUGUGACCAGCACGAAUGCUGCCAAAAUCUUCAACCUUUACCCAAGGAAGGGGCGAGUGGCCCUGGGCUCUGAUGCUGACCUGGUCAUAUGGAACCCCAGGGCCACGAAAAUCAUCUCUGCCAGGAGCCACAACCUGAAUGUGGAGUACAACAUCUUGGAAGGCGUCGAGUGCCGAGGAGCACCCUCGGUGGUCAUCAGUCAGGGCAGGGUGGUGCUGGAGGAUGGGAACAUGUUUGUGACCCCAGGGACUGGCCGCUUCAUCCCUCGGAAGACGUUCCCUGACUUCGUCUACAAGAGGAUAAAAGCCCGAAACCGGCUGGCAGAGAUCCACGGAGUGCCCCGCGGCCUCUACGACGGGCCGGUCCAAGAGGUGAUGGUGCCUGCCAAGCCAGGGGGCAGCGCCCAGGCCCGCCCGUCCUGCCCUGGGAAGAGUUCCAUUCCCACUGUGCGCAACCUGCACCAGUCGGGGUUCAGCCUGUCUGGAUCUCAGGCGGACGACCACGUAGCCAGACGCACAGCACAGAAGAUCAUGGCGCCUCCUGGUGGGCGUUCCAACAUCACCUCGCUGUCCUAGAACUCUGCAGGGAUGGCGCGGGCUGGGCUGUCCCAGGCGGGCAGCUGUGGGGACGCUCACGUCUCUUAGCUUCCCCUUUGUUGACUUUGAGAGGUGCUGCGCCUUACCUUCCCCUCCCCGUAUACUCUCCUAUUGGGGUCCCAGGUCCUGUUUCGAGAAGCCCCCGCUUCAGGAGAGAGCAGAAUUUGGGGAGGUCUCUCUGCCAGGGCAAGGCUGGACAUGGGGGCCCGGAGCCCAGGUGCUAGGUGCCUCGUUUGGCAGGGCCGCUGCCCGACAGGGGCCACAGCCAGCCGGGCCGAGAGGCUGGGGCAUUUGCCUCUUCCUCCCCAGCCGGAGUCCCUGACCCAAGGCCCCAGCUCUCCCACUGGCCCGGCCGGUCUGCUCCCCUCGCCGGACCCAGGACGGAGGCCCUGCCGCAGAGCCACUGUGACGUCAGGGACCCGUCAGGACCUCACGCGGGGUGGCUUCCAGCAGAGGACUGAACCUCCACUUUCCUAGUAGCUCAUUUCCAGGGAAAUUGAGGCUCCUUUUUAGCUGAGAUGCAUUCCUUUUAUUACCAAACGUGCAUUCCUGUAGCUAGUGAGAGCGGCAGCUUCACGUGGUGAGGGCAGCUGUAGCCAGAACCCGCAUGCCUUCCCCAGCCCCGUGUGAACUGGGUCCAUUAAAGGCCUCUGGGCUGUA